AGGAAACUGCCAAGGCUCAUUCAUUUAACCAUCGGUCACGGUCAGAACUGCAGCACAACCGUCUUUCAUCGAUCUCAAGUCAUUCAACAUUCAAUAUUACCACCUAACGCUUUCAAUAAUGGGCCGAACCUAAUAAUCACCGGUCACCUACGAGAAAAACGUCUGAUGACUCGGAGAAGAUGUAACAUGUGACUCAUCCUUCCUUCAUGCCUACAUCUGAAAUAGACGACAUUUUUGCUGCCAAAGGAAAGGCGAAAGUCGUAGAACACGUAGCUCCCCUUCCACCCGUCAAGGAGAAAAAGAAGAAAAGAAAAGAUAGACCUUCCACCAGCGACGAAACGAAGGAGAUCAGCCGAUCUUCACAGUCAAAAACCCUGAAAAAACGGCCACUCCCCGAGACAGUUGUAGAUCCAUCAUUGAAAUCUUCCAGCAGCAGUAAACGUCCAAAGGUGGACGCCUUAGCUUCUUCACAGCAUGAAAAGACUUUGCACGAGACGCGCAAAGAGGACGAAGACCGGUUCAAGGAUUCGAGGGGUUUUGGACCUAGACGAAAAACUGACGAUGGUUUCAACAUAUACAAGGAAGAUGAACUAGGUAUAUCCAAUACCGGAGGAGACACACCACUGUGUCCUUUCGAUUGCGACUGUUGUAUGUAAUGCCCUUGUCAUUUCUUGUAUGGUCUCAAUACUUUCCAGGUUUUUGAACGGUAGUUGCUCUAUCUGUAGCUUUACACGCAGGAAGACGCCUGUAUAUUCACCCUGACACCCUGAGAUAUUCUGGCGAAAGUCCGCGAUAUGAUCGGACUACGUCCUGUGAAGCGUCCCAGGCCCUUUCCACAAGGCUCUUCAUUCGCCUUGAUUGUGAUAUUCUCUAUGCACCCCUGUCGAUGCACCAGGUUUCGAUACGAUAAUUGCAAAUCUGACAGCCAUUUAUCUACAGUCUUUGUCU